AUGGUGUCAUCCAAUGGAUCCAAGAGGGAAACAUUGCCCCAUCAUCCUUCUGAUCUGACCAUCACCGAGUUGCAUGACGAGAACACCCCUUUACUUGCCAACAGUAGUGGCAAUAGCAGCAACGAUAGCAAGAACAUCAACACCAAUCAUAACAAGAUCAAAACUAAAGAGGUUGAUCCCACAACGUUCUACGUCAAAACCCUCAAGGGGCACUUACCUUGGUAUAAACGGCCAUCAGUCUUUUGGCUUCUUCCAAUCUUUGGACUCUCAUGGCUUACCCUGGGUAUGUUGAAUUCCUCUCUAGGACAGUUCCAGGCAGCACUGCUCUGUCGAGAAUACAUUAACCGUCAUUCCUCCAAUGUGACGGCGACUACAAUUACGAUUGCGACUGUGCCCAGUAAGGAUUUGUUCAGUUACUUGGCACAGACUCCAAGCAUGGCAAGCACCACCACCACCACUACUACUACUACUAGCAACAUGAUUAGUACAGGUCUUCUAGGCUUGAAUUCAUUGAGCAGAAAUGUGAUGAUCGCAAUGAGACCAUCUGAAGAGUGCAAGGCUCCAGAAAUUCAAGCGUUCACCGCAAAAAUCAUUGCCAUUAUCGAGAUGCUCACUGGUAUUGCGAGCACAAUUUCCGUAGGCUACUACUCAUCUUUGAGUGACAGGCAUGGUCGACGAAUUGUCAUGAUAGUCUGCUUUUUGAACACGUUACUGACCCUUGCCGCGAUUAUUGCCAUGAGUAUGUACUGGGAUCAGAUCGGCCUACCACUCAUGGUUGCGUCAAGCAUCCUCAAUGGCCUUCUGGGAACUAUUAGCCUGGGUCUUACCAUGACUCUGGCAUACACUGCCGACUGCACUGACCCUGCUAAACGAAGCCUGGCAUUUACUUGGGUUCACGCCAGCCUCUAUCUCGGGCUUGCUAUUGGACCCUUCCUUGGCGGAACAAUUGUCAGAGCUUCUGGCACAAUCUUAACACUCGUGUACAUGGAUGUGGCUUCGAACGCGCUCUGUCUCUUGCUCACAAUCCUCUUCGUCCCAGAAUCCCUUCCAAUAUGCCAAUCGGAGAAAGUACAGCAACUUUACGAGACCUUCAAGAAGGAAAAGGAAAAAGAGGAGAAUAAGAACGACUCCAACUCGGAUGAAGAUCUUUCUACUUCCUCUCAAGAACAUAUCCCUUGGUACUCACAUCUUAUUCACUCCCUCAGGUUCUUCAAGCCGAACGGGCGUAACACUAAUCUCAUCCUCUUGGCUGUCAUCUCUUUCUUGGGGAUGUUGGCCUACCGUGGAACGCUCUCAAUCAUCAUUCUGUAUACCAAUCGUCUCUUUAACUGGACUGAAUACGAGGAUGGAAUCAUGUUCUCGCUCAGUAACCUUGCUCGCCUGCUUACAAUGAUCGUUUUGAUCCCAGUCUUGGCCCAUUUUCAUAAAAAAUCCUAUGAGAAGAAACAGAGGAAGGUUCAAGCCAAGGCUGCCAUGGAUGCUCGUCGUCAUGGAAAGCAACCUACCUUGACCACAAACGCACCAACAUUUUCUUCUGCAGCUUCUUCUCCCCAACAACAAGUCCUCGAUAGUGCAGAUUUAAGCAUUUAUCAGGUAGCAAUGCUUACCAAUGAUCCUACUAUUUCAGCAAGUGUACAAUAUCCAAGUGAGCCUGAAGAUUUCAAGCAUAGACAACGUCAAACAUCUCUCGACUCGGUCACAACUCUUACAACUCCUUCAUUAGAUGGUGAAGAUUCAUCAUUAUCCCCUGAGGCAAAAACUGAGGCUGCAGAAGAUGCCCCUAGGAGUAGAGAACAGACAUUCAGUGACAUGAAGUUUGAUACUUGGAUGGUCCGCCUUGGAUUUGCAAUCAAUUCGAUCACUUAUGUGGGAUAUGGUCUUGCAACUGAGGGCUGGGUAUUUUACCUUGCGACUGCGUUGCAUUCCAUCUGUACAAUCUCCAAUCCGUCGCUCAAGUCCUUACUCACCUAUAUGGUAGAGCCUUCUCAAUUUGGAGCAGUUUUGGGUGCUUUCCAGAUUAUUGAUUCAAUCGCAAUUAUCUUUUCUCCUAUUGUGAUUUCUUGGGUCUAUGCAUUGACAGUUGGUAUUAUGCCCGAGUUUGUAUGGUACACCUGUGCUGCCUGGGCUGGUAUCUGCGUCGUGCUUUCGUUCAUGAUCCGACAGAAACAAUUCCGAAAUAAUAUGAACAUUUAA